CCGGCUCUGAGCUCUUCGGGCGGCAGCUCCGGCAGCUCCGGGAGCACUCGCUCUACCUCCCUGCGGCCCUUCCUGUUCCCGCAGCUCGCGGGCCCGGGCUCCUCCCGCCAUGGUGCGGUGCGGCGCGGCGGUGCUGCGGAAGUAUGGCAGCUUCAUAGACGAUUUGCGGGUCUAUGUGAGAGGAGGAACUGGUGGAAUGGGUUACCCUCGUCUGGGAGGGGAAGGAGGAAAAGGUGGUGAUGUCUGGUUUGUCGCCAGAGAAAGAAUCACCUUAAAGGGCAUUAAGGAGAAAUAUCCUCACAAGCGAUUUGUAGCUGGAACAGGAGCCAACAGCAGUGUUAAAGCUCUAAAAGGUGAAAAAGGAAAAGAUUGUGAAGUUCACGUGCCUCCUGGAAUUUCACUUCUUCUUGAUGGUGGCAAACAGAUUGGAGAACUAAAUGCAGCAGGAGAGAGAUUCUUAGCAGCCCGUGGAGGUCUUGGAGGCUCUUUGGCCACAAACUUUUUGCCUUGCAAAGGUCAGAAGCGAAUUAUUCAUCUUGAUUUGAAACUUAUAGCAGAUGUUGGUUUAGUUGGGUUUCCAAAUGCAGGAAAAUCAUCCUUGUUAAGCAAGAUUUCUCAUGCCAAACCUGAGAUUGCAAGUUAUGCAUUUACAACAAUACAGCCUGAACUCGGAAAGAUCAUAUAUCCAGAUUAUAAGCAGGUUUCAGUAGCUGAUCUCCCAGGACUGAUUGAAGGUGCACAUGUGAACAGAGGGAUGGGCCACAAAUUCCUCAAACAUGUAGAAAGAACCAAACAGCUGCUUUUAGUUGUUGAUAUUUCUGGGUUUCAACUGUCUAUUAAGACUCAGUUCAGAACACCCUUUGAAACUAUAUUGCUUCUAACAAAGGAACUGGAGCUGUACAAAGAGGAACUUGUAACAAAGCCCGCACUUCUUGCCAUUAAUAAAAUGGAUUUGCCUUGUGCAAAGGAUAACUUGAAUGAACUUAUGUCACAACUACAGAAUCCUCAGGACUUUUUACACUUACUAGAGGAAGAAAUGAUUCCUGCAAAUACACUUCAAUUCAAAGAGGUAAUUCCUAUAUCUACGUAUACUGGAGAAGGAAUUGAGGAACUAAAAGCAUAUAUAAGAAAAUCCAUAUAUGAGGAAGCAGAGCGGGAGAAUGAAGAAUAUCAGAAAAAUAAACUGCUACUUUUACAAACUUCCCAAGAAGAAAAAAUGAAUAGAAGAUAGCAUUUCCUGCAUGGAUCCAACACAUUUUAAUAUUUUUAGUAUGUACAUGAAGCUGUUGCUAUGCAGACCUUCUAUUUAUUUGUUCUCUCUGCCAUCACUGCAGAGUUCCCUGCUCCCUUCCAUUUGUUCCUUAGGCAUUUGGGUACAGUGGGUAAAAGGGCAAGUUUUUUUGAUUUAUGUUAUCUACCUACUUAACAGAGUAAAGUAGGUAAAGUAAAGUUAGUGAUUAAAGUUUGUCCAACUCAAAGCACAACUCAACAACUGAUGAUGCCUGGACUAUUUUUUGCCAAAUGAGAUGAAUGGAGGGAAUGUAACCUGCAUAGAUAGCAAAGGAGCAAGUUCAACCACUCUACAUCUUGAGCCACAGGCAUCAGAAACACAAAGGGAAAUUUCUCAUGGAGAAAUUUGUCAGGGUCUGGUGUUCCUAAGGUGAACCAGUUCUGCUACUGUGACAGGCAUUGGAUUGUAGGGUUUUUGUUGCUUUUAAGGAUUUUAAGAAAAACACAAAUAAAUGGCUGCAAGGAAAUGACUUGUAGAAGCACAAAAGGCAAGGCUGAUAUGUAAUGUUGGAAGGUUUCUUGACACCUGCUGGUGCCUAUGUAGUCCUCUUAAUUGUAUAAAUCCUGAUUCCAAAUUUCCAGGCUUAAUUUGUGAUUCCCUCCUUUUAUGGAGUUGUUAGGUAUAUUACUUUUUGGUGAAGAAAAUGAUUGCUUUUCAAUCAGAUCUAUAAAUUUUGGGGAAUAACUGAUGUUCUAGAUUUUGUAUUACAAAACACACACUCUAUUUUUUUUUUUAAUAAAAUGUAAGUCCUUUAUUGUCAGGGUGUUUUCUACUUCAAAGCUAUUAAAUGGAUAGCAAAGCAAAAUAA